AUGAUCAGAAAAAUUGAAAAGGAUUUUCUAAAACGGAGAGGAAAAGUCAGAGAAUGCUUUCAAUGCCAAGGUUUCACAGAAACAAUGAGAACUAUCCAUUUUCCUCCCAAAACACGAUCGUAUUGUACUAUAUGCGCAGCAGGUACCGCUCUCGUUCCCAUUCGCGAGCAAACGACCGAUGCUAAAUUUAUAUGUCCAAAGAAAAAGUGCAAGAAAACGUACAAAUUCGUCGAGUUUUUCAAUGCAACUUGCUGUGAAGACCCUCCUCCAAAAGAGCAAACACCAUUUGAGCAAUUGAAAACCUUGCAAGAUAAGCUUCAGAUGGCUCAAUUGAUGGAAACCGCGAUGACGGCGCAAGUAGAACGAGCGAGAAAGUAUCUUAGAGAAUGUGAGGAUAAGCAAAGAAAACUUGCCAACGAGUCUACUCGUAUAGAAUCUGAGAUAUUAUUGAUGACAAAUGAAAUUUGCAAAAAGAAUCAGCCAAACACUUGCAAAGUAUGCUUUGAAAACUACAAUGAAAACGAUCGUCGGGAGUCGACGAUUCCAUGUGGUCAUAGAUUUUGCUAUUCUUGCUUGACACAGUUGUACGAGUGUGGAAUUUGCCGAACCGGUUUUAACAAUAACCAGAUCAUCAAACUAUUUUAA